AUGCAACUGCAGAAGUGUUGGUAUGGGGAUGCAAGAGAAGAGACAGCGUGCUUCGGAUUAGAGAAGUCAAAAGUCUACUGUUUCCCCAAACUGUCCUGCAUUGUCCUGCAGGCCCGUCAUCGUGCACUUGAGGAGCGCCGCGUGGGCAGUAACCGCGUUGCCACGGCGAGCGAUGCGAGCGUGAAGCAGGCAAUCCCGGAAUCCCAGCUGGCAGUAUGUGGCAACGUUCCGUGCUCUGUUCAGGUCUCUGGCGACAGAGUUUGCUUCAAGCGGCCAAGGAUUGGUUCCAGGACGUAUUCUCACAAGUUCACGGCACUGCAGAGGGACUUGGCAUCACAAACAGAAUUUCUGGAUGCUGAGAUGGUCAGAGCUAAGGAGGACAGGGUUGCACUCAAAGGGUUUCACGCAGCAAGUCCAUCGCCACAGCCUGUAAAGGACGUAGAGCGGGAGGUCAAAGCGGUCCGUGAUCUUCAUGCUGCCGAGCAGGCAAGGGCUCGCAAGGCUUCUGAAGUCAGGAGAUUGGAGCUGCAACUAGGACAGGUCCAGCAACAGAAGCUCUCAGUGCAAUCUACUCAGCGAGACACCGCAGCGAUGAACCUCGGCAUGCUGCUGAACACACUCCGGGACAGAGUGCUUUGUGCACAUUCUCGCUGGGCGCUACACAAGCUGAACGAUGCUUGCAAGAUGCUGAUUAGAAAGCAAUGGAUUGUAACCAGCGCCCGCAACGCCUCCAUUUUAUCUGCUUUUGCGCUGGCUUGGCGAGCCGUAGCUGCUUGCGCAAUAGCAGAUAGGCAGGCUGCAAACCACAUGAAAGAGAUUCAGCGGGUCCGGAAGCAGGCGUCAUUAGCAGAGGCUCACUACGCACGGCGCUUGGCUUGCCACAGCUGGCUAGCAUGGCAGUUGGAAAUCAACCAUGCCCACACAGAAAGGUCAAAGCAAGCCGUAGCAGCAAGAGCCACGGCAUUCUUGGCUGCCCUGCCUGCAUGCUCCGCCCAAAGCAACGAAGGAUGCGCAGAUGCAGGUUUGGACAUCAUAGGGCAUGCCGAGAUGUCUCAAGAUGACUCUGUGGCCGACACUGCUAGUGCACGCGUAGAUGGCAAAGAGGUCAAAGAUCAGGAGCCAGGGCCGACAUUCCAAGUCCAGGACAGUGCUGUGCAGCAGAGACGCCCUGGUUCUCGAUCGAAAGAGCUGCGCGCGAUUGCCGAACGUGUGCAAGAGAGGAAGAAGGCUCAGGAAGAGAGGCGGCAAAGACAGAAAGUUCCAGACGAACAAGGGCUGGCAAAUUGCAUUGACACUCACACGGGACGCAGACUGAGAUCCCACUCUAGGGGUGUUGAGGCAUCACGAAGGGCAUCAGCAGAGCCGCCAGUCACAAUUGAGCACCCUGAAACAGAUGGUGCAGCUGUUGACAUUGGGAACGGAGCCACAAGCCUUCCACAGUUAAACAACGUCGAGCAGCCAGCAUUACCAUCCCUGGUCAGGCCCAGGGCCCUGCUCGAAAUGGAGAGACGGGCAGAAGAGAGACGCCGCGUUCACGAAUUGCGGAGGCAACGCCAGAAAGAGAAGCAACAAGAAAGGCAGCAGAAGCAAGCCGAGGAAGAAGAGCAGCUGAGGAUAGCAGAGGAGGAGGCAAAGCAGGAGCGCUUGCGCUUGCGCAAGGAGCAGGCUCAAGAGCAGAGACGCCUUCGGGCGCAGCGGCUGGUGGCAGCUGCGAUCAGGCGAGAUCGCGAGCGGCAGGCGGUAGAACUCCACAGGCUGCAUCAGUACAUCCGAGUUUGGUGUGCUUUGCGCCAGGAAGUCAGCCAUGCUGCUUUUUGGGAGUUGAUGGCUUUAAACCGCAGGCGGAUGACCUUGCUCAAGCAAUGCGUGACAUCCUGGCAUCAUCACUACGUGCACUCUGUCGUGGCAAAGUCGGCGGCGCGUCUUGCCCGGGCACACUUGGCCAUCUCUUGGCUGGGGCGGCGCUUCGCAUUCCGGACACUCGUCAUGUGGUUGAAGAGACUUCAGAUGGCCAAGCUCCGGCAGUACUGGGCCGCAGUUGACACUUCGCGAAGGUGGUGCUUAUGCCUUUGGCUCAGACGCUGGGCACAAGCCUCAGCAGAGUUGAGCUUGCAGAAGAAGUUAAGUGCUGUGCAACAACAUGCACAGUGCUUGAUCCGUAGAUGCUUCUGCUGGUGGCAGACUGGCCUGCGUCAGCUACGUAUCGAAAAUGCCAUGGAAUCGCACAAGAAAGCUCUGCGAGACAGAGUUUCCGGCUGGCUGCAAGAGAUGGGCGACGAUGGCUCCGAAAGCCUGAGAAGCCUUCACCCGAAUUUUAGCCUGAUGAAUUCGCAGAAAAACGUGGCCCGUGGGUACUCCGUUGCUUCUGCGCAAGACUUCUAUUAA